AUGAAAAGGCUUGCCAACACCAGCCGGGCUGCACGCCGAUCUUUACCCCAAAGGAUGUUGAAAAGGCUUAUAGUGCCAUCUAGCGAUGCCCCGAAGAAUUCUGGCUGGAAACAAUGGUUUGAGCAUUUACAGGGAAACAACGUCGCCAAAAUGAAAGAACUACAAUCGUCAUUAAUGAAAGACUUAAAAAUAGACGGAGAAUUCCAUAAUGAACUUUUAAUGGGUGAAAUAAAUCAGUGGCAUUUUAGAAAUGAUAGAGCAACAAUUGCUACGCCAACGCUUCUCUUACAUGGUUACGCUGCAACUUCGAUGGCUUUCUACAGAAAUUUUUCAGGCUUGAGCAAAUAUAUCAAAGAUCUUUAUGCGAUCGACCUUCCCGCUAAUGGACUUUCUUCAACAUUGCCUUUGGAUAUUCAUUAUCCAAGGGCUCUUCCAUUGAAAGUGAAGAUCAAAGACGACCACUUUAGGCUUCCUUAUACUAUCGAUGCCAUGCAUAAUAAAUGCCUGAUACAAAAUUUUGAGGACUACUAUCUGGAUGCUUUAGAGCAGUGGAGAAUCGACAAUAAAUUAGAUCAAAUAAACAUUGUGGCACAUUCGUUUGGUGGUUAUCUGUCAUUCAAAUACGCCGUAAAGUAUCCUCACUCGGUGAAAAAGCUUUGCCUUGUUUCUCCUCUUGGAGUUGAACGGAGUAUAUACUCUAUUAACAACCAAUGGAGGAGCAAUAUGAAUUAUAGAAUAGAUUAUGAUAAUCCCUCUUCGAAAUUUUAUUGUAAGAAAAUGGCCCCGAUUCCAAAGAUUAUUUUUGAAAAUCAAACUAGGCUGUUGCGCUGUUUAGGUCCCUUAGGUGCUAAGCUUUGUUGGAACUAUAUUACGGCUGCUUAUUCGAGAGUUCCAGGCGACAAAUACAAAGAGUACAUAUUCGAAUUGUUUUACAGUAAAACAGGAAUCACAUCGACCGCUAUGGAUAUUUUUACGAGUUUGUUUGAGCGUAAUCUUUUGGCUAAAGAUCCUUUAUUGGAUGCGGUUUGCCACCUUCAUACAGAUAGUUUAAUGGCGAUUUACGGAGAACACGACUGGAUGAACAAGGCGGCCGGUUUCGAAUUGAUAAGAGAGGCUGAAGAAAAGGGAAUUCGUGCGAUUUACAGUGAGGUAGUAUCUUCUGGGCAUAACCUCUUUUUAGACAACCCUUUAGAGUUCAAUUCACAGGUGGUAGAUUUCCUCAACGAAUAG